UUAGCACUCAGUCGACUGGUCUCGGUCCUAAAUAUCAUUCUCUCGCCCUUUCUAAUUGUUCUUCAAGCUCUCGCAUCUUUCUCUCUCGCAGAUUCGCAUUGAAAUCCCUCUCCUUUUUGUGUUGGGUGCUAAUGGGUUCUCUGAAUCCUCGUCUUUUGGGCCUCUUCUGUUUAUGGGCAGCUGGGUUUAGCCUCUGCCAGUGCAAAGAUCAGUCCUUUCUUAUUUCUAGCUUUCGCCUCAGUGAAACUUGGCUCAGGCCCUACGAUUGGCAAUAUAUCAGAGUUGACGUUCCACCAUGGUUCUCCUCGAUGACAUUGACUUUUGUAUCUGAUAUUGAAAUUAGUAAGGGCAAUAUUAAACAAAUUCCGAAGAGUAAUCUUCCUUUGAUAUGCUUGAAAGAUGGCAGCCCUCCUAUUCCAGAUAUUUCAGAAUCUUAUUUGGAUAGUUCAUUGUCAAAUUUUCUGGUUAAUGGAUCCUUUGGUGGUCCCCAAGCAAUCAGAGUGGAACAAUGCAUUCCAUUUCGGAAAAAUGUGACAGUUGUUUUGUCAAAUGAACAGAUAACUUCAGGGGUAUGGUACUUUGGUUUUUUUAAUGGCCUUGGACCUGCUAGAACUCAAUCGAAGAUGAUUAAUCGAGGUCAUGCUUACAUGUUCAGAACCAACAUAAUUGUGCAAGGCUGUUCCAGUUCAGCAAUAUGGGGUCAGUAUUGUAACCAGAGUAUUGAUAUGGUUACAUGUUCUCAAUCAUCUACCGAUAAACCAAAUACUACAGAAGGGAAAGAAUUGGCAUCAAAUUCCAGUAUUUUCACAGAAGCAGAAAAUAUUAUGAAGUGCACAAACCCUAUUGAGUCAUCUUGUCUUGGUUAUGGGGAAUUUAGUUUCUACUUUCUGGAUGUAGUUAAUGUUGCAUCUCAGUUUACAAUCAUUGCUACUGAUUUCAAAUUCAAUCAAACAUCCUCCGCCAAUAGUUCAGUAGUUUUUAAUGGAAUUCAUCUAAUGUGUUACGCUCGCUACAAUGCAAUGCCACUUAGUACUUUAUAUGAUUAUUCUGCUGACAUAAGCAGAAGCCCAUUAAUUGUGAAAUCUCCAAGAAUUGGAAGAUGGUACAUUGCCAUUCAGGUUGUUAACCGGAAAAGAGAAGAUACAGUGAUUGAAGAAAAUUAUCCUGAGGGUAACAUGUGCUUCUCUUUCGAAUGGAAAGUACAUGAAUGUCUUAGUGGAAAGGCCGGGCUCAACUGUUCAUGGGAAGCGCACAUGCUUCAGAGAGUUCCGAGAAGAGGCUCAAAUACUCCUUCUGAAUCUUAUUAUCUGCCAAUUCAUGAAGGUGCAUUAGUGGAGAUUGAUCAUGAUGAUUUCCCUUUAGAUGGCCUCUUGACCAACUCAUCGUCACAAGAUAGUGCAUGGACAUACUUUUUCCUCGAUAUUUCACAAGGUGCUGCUGGAGCUAAUAUGCAUGUGCAGCUGGUAUCUGAGGCGAAAUUGACAUAUGAAGUUUAUUCAAAGCACAGUGGUCUAGCAUCUAGCGAUUAUUGGGAUUAUUAUGUUAACAGCAGAAGUAGUAUCAACGGAUCAACAAUAUUGGCCCUAAAUGAUUCAAGUGAAAGAAAGAUAAACUUUUACAUACUGUAUCCAAAGGAAGGACUUUGGUCUUUUGCAGUUAAACAUCCUCCCCUUACUCAUCACAAACAACAGACUACCAUGUCCAUUAACAUUGUGGGGUGCCCCAAACACUGCUCUUCUCAUGGACAAUGCCAUUAUGCUGUAGAUGAAAGUGGAGGGACAUUCUACAGCUACUGUGCAUGUGAUCGUGAUCAUGGAGGCUUUGAUUGCAGCAAUGAACUUGUAUCCCACUCAGGACAUGUUUGGCAAUCAAUUUUUCUUAUAGCAUCAAAUGCAGCUGCUGUACUACCCGCAUUUUUAGCCCUUCGUCAAAAGGCAUUUGCUGAAUGGGUUCUGUUUACUUCUAGUGGGAUUUCUAGCGGGCUAUAUCAUGCUUGUGAUGUGGGCACCUGGUGUGCUCUCUCUUUCCAUGUGUUACAGUUUAUGGACUUUUGGCUUUCUUUCAUGGCUGUGGUCAGCACUUUUGUAUAUAUGGCUACAAUCAGUGAGACUUCAAAAAGAGCAAUUCACACUGCUGUUGCUAUAAUUACUGCCUUGCUAGCUGAAACUGGUGCAACAAAGUCAAGAAACAUUGGUCUUGUUAUAGCCAUUGGCACACUGGGUCUUUUUGUUGCAUGGCUAUUGGAGUUCUCUACUUCAUACAGACAAACAUAUUGCCCACAACAAUGGAACUUGAAUAUGAAUGAGAGAUGGCCGAAUAUCAAAAGAUGGUUCUGGAAUCUUAUAAACAUAUUGAAUAAAAGGUUCCGUUGGCGAUUCGUAUUUUUGGGUUUUAUCAUGUUAGCAUUUGCUGCAACAAGCUGGACAUUGGAAGCUAACAAAACUUACUGGAUUUGGCACAGUUUAUGGCACAUUACCAUAUACACAUCUUCCUUCUUCUUCCUAUGGUCAACUUCUGUGAAGAGAAGUGAUGACCCCCCACCUGUAGCUGUUUAUGAACUGACACGGCAGGACUCUCUGCCUAGAACUGAGUAGCAGAAAAAAAAAGGGUAAAAAGACUUCACACGGAAGAAUAAUGCAUCAGUAGACUGUACCUAUACUUGUCACAUAAAAUAUGAUUACAUUGGAGUUGGCAACUUUUUUGUUCGAACCUGUGUGAUAUCGAAACAUAGACCUGUUUGAAACCUGAGAUUUCAUUGGCUUCGAUGAUGAGAUUAGAUUUUUGACUGCCCCGUCAUGCAGCCUUUCGACAAAGACAGCUUCAUGGAGUAUAGAGAUUCUUUUUAUCUCCCAUCAGAAGAAAUUAACUAUAUGUUAUUAUGUAAGUUAAAAGGUGUAUAAACAGAUAGAAGGGUCCGCUAAUUGCGUGUUUGUAGAAAAAAUGAUAGAAAUAAUGGAGGAAGUUAUGGAUGUAAAUCGCCUCCCCGAUAUAUGUAUCCCCUUGUGAAUGAGACUAGGGGCAGAUUUGGUAUUUAAGUUCGUCUUCUCGUCGGACCACACAAAAGACCCGUUACCGAGGUAUAUAUGUAUGUACAAUUGGUGGUGGUGUUUUAUUCGGUUGUAAAUGUACAUACAGGACAGAAUAAUUGCACAUGUGCCUUGGAUUAUUGGAAUAUCUGAUACUGUUUACUAGA